CGCGCACACGCGGCGCCCCGACGGCAGCGGCGGGUGCGCGCAGGUGAGCUGGGCCCUCGGCGGGGCGCCCGCGCAGUCCUCGACCCUUUGCCUUUGCCUUUCCCCUUUCUUUUAGUGGAGUUUUUUUACGGUGUUUUUCUUGGUUUUCUCCGUUCCCUGCCAGGACUGGGAGCAGGACCCGCGCCCCUGGAACUGCUAUGCCAACUGAACUCCGCCAGGCCGUGAGAAUGCACGCCAUCUCCGACCUGCAGUCCUCCCUCACCCUGCGGCUCCUCAACAAGGGGCCCGAGUACCUCCGCAGGCAGAUGGAGGCCGGCAACCCCGGCAGGAGAAGUGCUGUGGAGAGGCUGGCAGCCGAUAAGGCCAAGUACGUAAAAAGCCAGCGGGUAAUUAGCACCACGCAGGAGCCCGUCAUCGUGCUGAGCUCAGCCUCGGAGAGCAGCAGCGAGACCUGCUCGGUGGAGGGCAAGAAACCCAGCAGGGACUUUGGGAGAGGGAAGGGCGCAAAGCCGCUGGAGCUGGCGAAGGCGGUGUACUCCUGCCGGGCCCCCCUGCAGCACGGCCCCCCCAUAGCCAGGCGCAGCACCCCCAGGAGGCACAUGCGGCCGGACUCUCUGGUGAUUUACCGCCAGAAAUGCGAGUUCGGGAAAGGUCAAAGCCAGGACAGCUCACGGGGGAGCUUGGUGAGGAGGAUCUUCCAAGGGUCUGUAAAAGAGAAGCAGCUGGCUUCCCCUGAGAUGCCCAGAGUCAUGGAGGACACCACAGCCACCGAGGGCAAAGAUCCUCUCUCAGCAAAAGACAGUGACCAUGAGCUGAGCAACCACGGAGCUGAGCAAGCCAUCGCUGUGAGCACUGAAGCAGCAGGGGUAUGUACAAAAGAGCACGAGAGACCCUCAAAACUGAGUAUGCCUCCUGAGGAGGUUAAGGAGGUGAAGAGGAGAGGUCUCCAUCGCUCCCAGUCGGACAUCAGUUCUCGCUACUCCAAGUCCUUCUCCGAGUUUGAUACAUUUUUCAAGUACUGUGGCCUGGAUCAGGAGGUCGUUGAGGAUCUUGGGAGAGAGAACUUCUCCGUGGUGUCUGACAAUGUCUCCUUCAAGAUCCGCAGCAUCAGCGUGGCAACAUCUGAGAGCGACUUCACAAGGCACAGCGGGGAUGAGGGGCUGCUGGAGGAUGAACUCACGGAGCAGGUCCCGAGCAGCACCUCUGUGAUUGAGCGCAAUGCUCGGAUAAUCAAAUGGCUGUACACGUGUAAGAAAGCCAAGGAGGCUAACAAAGUGAUCCAGGAACUGGCAUGAUGGCUUCUUUCAGCGUGCAUUGCAGCCUCAAGAAUCCUUGACUUGGAAGUUGAACAAAACCAGACACAGGAAGAAACUCUUCCCUCAUCUGGCUCAUGAAUGCUUUGUCCAAGUUUAGUAUUUUAUUAUUGCUUCCUACCCUCGUCCCCCUUCCUCUUACCACAAACACAGGAGCUUCUAAGAGCACAAUGACAAGUGGAGAUUGUGAACUGUGCCCCAGCAAGGCAGCGGGAAACGAGAGCUCCUGUAAAACCAAAGUGUGGCAGCAGCUGCCAUCCACGAUAACACUCAGCAUCAGCUCACUGCCCCAGGAUGCCAUUCUGGGCUGUGACAGAAGGUCUGUGUUGUGCAUCCACCUCUUUCCAGCACUGAAUUUGUCAACAGUGAUGGGGGGAGAAAGUGGGAAUGAAGUGGCAAUGACCUCUGGGUCAGGUGUUUUCUUGCAGGCAGACAGGCUCCACCCGGAUGUUCAAAGGCUCUGUCUUGCCAGGGCUGUUUGACCAGGGCUCAUCCUGAUAUCAUUAGACGUUAUUUGUUUGGCUGGUGAGGACUAACUGUGGCAGCUUUAUCUGGGAUACUUGGCGAACAUGUUGUAAGCUAAAUCCCUGCCAAGCCUCUCUUUCUCUGAGAGUAUUCAAGCCAAACUGGAGUACCUUGUAUCCAUCUAGUUUGCUCUGUCACACAGCUUGCUCAAGCCAGUAGGGAGUAGCCUUUAAAACCCUGCCCAAAAUAUUUUCAGGAGCAUGUUUCCAAGAAACAGGUAGUUAAAAAUAAGGGAGGGUUUUGCAUUUUUACUGCCUUGCUGCAGUACAAUUGCUACAAUGCACAUGUACACAGGCUUCUCCACUUUGUUUGCAGUAUGUCUCCAACUCUGACAUUGCAAACAUUGCAAGGUUUGGCAGAUUGUGGUUUAGCACAUUUAAUUUUAUGCACUGUGAGCAGUAGGCUUAGGAAACUCUAUUCCAGGCUAUGUAAGGCCACGCUUCCCUAGCAUGGGUCUGGAGUAGGGGCUGUGCUUGGGAUGUGCAGGACAGCAUCUCUGCGCUGCAAGGCAAGAAGUCAUGUUAGGGCAUAGCAGUGCCAGCUGAAUGUCCUGAUGGGGUGGAACGCCCAGUGUAGGCAGCACCUUACUCACUAUCAUCAGUAAAAUGCUUCAUUUGGACUGGCUGAGCGAAAUGUGUUUUAAAAGUUGAUAAAAAGUACUUUAGAUCGUCAGCGUAGUGAAUGAGGCCUCUACAAUAACUCAUGGAAUUUGCUGGCAGUGCCUCAAACAUUUACCUCAAUCUGUCAUUGCUUGCUAAAAAAUGUCUUGCACCAAAGCAUUUCUUUGUGGACACUGCAAACCACACAAAAAUGCACAAUCCCUUCCUCCCCCCAGAAAAGAAACAGUCAAAGCCAAAUCCGGUUUCCCUUUCAGUUGCACCAAUGCCCCUCUAUGAUAGCUGCACAGCUGGCAUAACAGUGACUUGAGGGUCCUGCAGAGGUUAAAUGUUUACUUUGUGUUGCCAUGGAUGUGGAGUCCUGGUGUCUGACUUACCUGACCACCAGAUCUGCAGUGUGAGGAGUCCAGAAACACCAACUUUCAUACUCCGCAUUCCUCCUGCCUGCACCAUGGCAGCUCCCACCGCUGCCUCUCCUGACCUAAAACAGCUGCUGGCACAGCUGGGUGAAUGCCGACCUGAAAUGAGCACUCAAGCUGUGUUUCUGAAGUGUUUGCCACUGUCAGUAAAUACAUCUGGAGGAGCAGAAGGGAUGAGGGUAAGCAUCAAGGAUUCAAUAAAACAUUGGUGGUAGGAGGAACCUACACCAACGUUGCGCACUGGAAGAGUUGCCCUUCAGGUGCUCAUCACGCGGUUUAGUCGAUAUCAGUUAAAUUCACAGCGAGAUCAUCUGGGUUCCAUUUUUAUAUCUGUUAAAUGUACUUGUCAGUUCUCAAUUACAGACAUGGUCUGGGAAUGCAGGGCAUUUGUCUUCAUUUUCUAGUGUUGUGUACUAAGGUUUACAUGUCUGAAGUUGUUGAGAUGGAUGGAUAACAAUUCCAGAUAAAAUAAUUGUUGAACCUGCUUUCCACUUGGGAGAAAACUAAAUAGUUUGCGAGUGAGAUUCUGCAAACUUAAAGGGAAGGUAGUACAUAAGGAUAUUUUGAUGAAAUAAUGAAAUCUAUAUGUAUAUUUGUUACAUUAUUAUUAAAGGAUGAUUCCCAGAAAACUCCAACCCAAGAUGCUGCUAAUGUUGUAAGAUCUGUGCACCUAAGGUGCAGGUUUUUAAGGGAUGCAGUCUAGGUUUAUUAGUCAGGAACGCAACUUGGCGUAUCUGUUCUUUUCAUGCUCACUUUGCAAGGUGCUGUACUACAUAAAUAUUUAUAUGCAUUUGUCAGAGCUAAGGACUGCUUUUCUUUGAAAAUACGGGUGACUGUAGACUGUUCAGGCUGCAAGAAAAAUGUUUUGUGUUACAAAUCGGUGCCCUGCCGUUGAAGAGUAUUAUUUUGUUUUGUUUUCAAGAAAAAAUUUGGUUUCAAUUUCAAACUUCUGUUUGUUUUUGCUCUUUUAGUUGAGCAGCUGCCAAAAGUUAAGAUGAAAGAUGUGUUGGUCAUGAGUUUUCAAUGUUAGAAAUAUGUUUAAUUUGCUUGAAAGUACUGAACGUCAGCCUUUCUCAAAAUUGAUGAAGGUUUUACAUCAAAGGUCAGAAAAAUCAGAGCUGGCACCAUUAUUAAUGUUUUUUAACCCCUCUUUUUGUCUUUAUGAACAGUUCAGUUUUGUGUGCCAUACUGACGUGUGGCAAAAUUUCCCUGGCUUUGUUCAAACUCCAUUAUGAACCCCAAGUUCUCCCAAGUAUCAUUUGUUUCAGAGACCAUGUGGACCCAUCUAAGAUCUUCCCCUGAUAAGCUAUAGAUUCCCUUUAUUUAAUAAUAACUUCUGGGUAAGCCAAUAACCUGCCUUUCCCAGUAUGCCAGAACAACCGUAGAUGACAAUCCUUCUUUCUCUGUACAUCUUGGGAAUGGGUAGUUCAGUACUUUUCCAAAGAGUAAGAGCUCCGGGCUUCACUCAGCUCCAGUUACUGUUACGUGUAAAGUCUUUUCUUUCCAGUCUUUUGGGAAACCUAGAACUGGGGCUGAGGGCAAAGGCAAGUCAUAAAUUGAAUUAUUUUGUUUGACUAGAAUUAUGUAAACUAAAACAGUCAAAUGGAGUGCAGGUGUGCAUUGCUAAGUGCUAUUUCUACUCAAGUGUUUCAGGGUGCUCCAGUGCUGUGAUGAGGGCAAUGUCCAUGGCUGUACUGUAACAGGCAAAAGGUGCAAAGUCUGGGUUUUAUAGCCUAGAAUAAGUAUUUGCAAGAAGGGCAUCAGAGACUGUAAUCUUUGCAAUAUAUUGUAAAUAUUACUGUACAGAAAUCUAUAAGCAAGAAAUACAGAUUGUUCUAUAAUACAUAUAUUACUUUUCUAAGGGAUGUGAGCCAUUGUGUUUAGUAAAAUGGGCCAGACAUUACAAUCAUGGGGAUUAAGCAGAAACUUUCUCCUGGGAGCAGGUUGUCCUGUCAUUGCCUCCUGUGAAGUUUCUUACAUCUGCUUUUAAAUCCUUGGAAAUGGAGUACUGGUCAGAUCUGGAAUGGAUGUUUCUAAGUUGCUAUGUUUAUAUUCCUGUGAAAGAACCUGUGUGCUAUUGAAUGCAUACAAAUAAAGUUAUCACUCUGAAA